AUUUGGAGUUCCUGAAUUUAAGACUACAAACAGCACUUAGAGACAUCUGAACUCUCAGGCAGACCAAAAAUGCUUACCAGGCCCAUUUUCACCGCAGUCUUCUUCCUUUCCUUCACCACUCAAAUGAACAUUCAAGCUUUUAAAGUCAUUUCUACAUCAUCUAAUACCCACCAAAACAUCACAGGGGCAGCUAUUUUACAGAAAUCAGCAGACGUGUGCAGGGACCACAUUCUGGAACAGGGUCAAAACUUCGUUCAGCCAGACCCGCUGACUGCAGAGACUCUGGCGGUAGCUUGCCACUCCCCUGCCUCAGCCUCCACACUAAAGUCUGUCAUCACGGAUAUCAGCAGCAGUAACGCCAAGGUGGACGGCAAACAUGUAUUCGAUGCCGAAUACCAUUUUGAUGACGAGAGCUUUGAACGAGCACGAAACCUGAUCACGCAGGGAGUCUCUGAUGUGAAGGCCAGCCUCAAACAGAAGAACUACGAGUACGCAAGACAGAGGUUGGGUGAGACCCUGCACACCUUACAGGAUUUCUACAGUCACAGUAACUGGAUUGAACUGGGAAACCGGUCUCCGUACUCCACCCUCAUCAAGCCAAGUCUGCCUCUGGACAACCUUGCAGACGUGAACACCCCGACGUGCAGCAGCUGCGAUGACGACUGCACGGGCAACAUUCUGGAGACGAUCAUCACCCAGAAGAAACUGACUUCUGGAUAUUUCAGCCUGCUAAGCCCUAACAAACCCAAAGGGAAGUGCAGCCAUGGAGGACUGGGUGACCUUACGAGCUUGGUGACACCCAAAGGGGGCAUCAACAAGGAUGGCACCACGACCGCUCACGGCAGCCUCCACUUUGUGGCAGCAAAUGUGGCCACAGCAGCCACCAGGGAUCUUCUGCAGGACAUCAGAGAAGCAGCAGGAAACGUUGAAUUCCUCAGACUGAUGGGAAUCUUCCAGUCGUCCUCCGUCCUCUGUUUCGUGGUGGACACCUCAGCCAGUAUGACAGAGGAAAUCGCUGAAGUCAAGCGUAUCACUUCCUUCAUCAUAGACAGUAGGCGGGGCACCAUGGAUGAACCUUCCGCCUACGUCCUGGUCCCAUUCAAUGACCCAGGUUUCGGGCCAGUGUAUAAAACAACAGACCCGGCUGAGUUUAAAACUGAAGUCAAUGCUCUUUCUGCCGGCGGAGGAGGAGCAGAUGAUCCUGAAAUGAGUCUGUCUGGACUUUGGCUCGCUCUGGCAGCAGCUCCGUUGGCGUCUGAGAUCUUUCUCUUCACCGAUGCAGAACCCAAAGACACUGAGAUGAAAAGUACAGUUCUGGCACUGAUCGAAAGCACAAAGUCCACGGUGAAUUUUAUGCUGACCAAUCCUCUGACCAACACGACUCGCAGCCUCUCCAACCCAGUGAACCAGGUGUACGAGGAUUUAGCAGUGGCCUCAGGUGGACUGGCCAUCGAGGUCCCCAAAGAACUGCUGCCUAACGCUACUAGUGUGAUCAAUGGCACCUCCAUCUCUUCUCUGGUCACCAUAUUUCAGGCAGUGAGGGAUCCGGGGACAGUACAGCUUUUUUCCUUUCUGGUGGACUCCUCUGUGGAAAACCUGACAUUGUACAUAACUGGGAAUUCAACACGGUUCACCAUCACUGCUCCCUCUGGUCAGUCUCAGUCGAGCGGUCAGUCAGACGGUUCUCUGGCUGUGAUUCAGAGCGUGGUGAACUUCCACAUGGUGCAAGUCAAAAACUCCAGCCAGGCAGGAGUGUGGAACAUCUACAUGAACUCAACUCAGCCCUACACACUCAAAGUCACUGGUAAAAGUUCAAUAAACUUCCAGUUUGACUUUGUGGAGGUUUACCAGGUGCCUCACCCCGGCUACACUGUGUUUAAAAGCAGGCCUCGAUCCGAUGGAAACGUGACUCUACUGCUGUCUAUGCUUGGCUCGGGGUCAGAGGUGCCUACAAUAGUGCUCCUGGUUGAACCCUCAGGCUCCGGGUUCCACACAGGCCUUCUGGAGGACGUGGGGAACGGAGACUACCUGGUGACAGUGACCACAGUGCCGAAGGGGGAGUUUUUUGUACGCGUCAUUGGUCAGACCAACUCUUCCUCCACCUCAGACUAUCAUUCUUUCCAGAGACAGUCGUCCACCCGGCACAGAGCUUCCAGUUUCGGUGUCACUGCUGUGAGAAAUGGAACAUGGUUUCCAGGGCAGCUGUUCAGCAUCGCUUUCACCGUGGCAACAAACAGCAGCUACAGUAACUACACCGUCACUGCCCGGAACAGUGGUCAGUACAACAUGACGUUCCCCAGCUCUCUGACAACAGGUAGUGAUGGUAGGGCUAACGGCGUGGUGGAGCUCAGCACCCCAGGUAACGCCACAGCCGGCACUGAGGUCAUCCUCACCAUCGAGGUGACCCAGCCGGAGACAAACGACACCAACUACGCUUUCCUGAGGCUCGCCGUGUCCAGGGCAGUUGCGCCCCCUGCUGGCCUGGCUCUCAGUCUGUGGCUUAGUGCAGGAACUCUCCUCAUCGGUCUCGUAAUCAAUAAGUAGAAACAAAACAUGACCUGUGAAGGUGGGUUUGCAUGUGGAGGUGAUUUCUGGAUUUUUGAUACAUUAAAUGAGGGAGCAAUUUCCAAAUAACAUGUGGGUGGUGGUCUCAGGUGAGGGGUCAGUGUUUGUGUAUGUAAGAAUUGCGUCAUAUAGAGAAGGAAAGAGGUCAGUGCGCCUUCUGCUGUUGGCUUUCAAAACGUGAAUGACAAUGGAAGUGAUGCCUAUUACAGGUUGUACAAUAUAAUGUGCUGUGUUGUCAGAUCUAGUUCAGUUGUAUUUUAAUCUCUGCACUUGUAUUGGUCAGCAAAAUAUUCAGUCACACUUUAUUUUGCUGAAUCCCUAUAGAUGAUCUGUAGAUCCUUAAACUAUUAACAGUAGUUAGAUGUAUUUUUCAUGUAUGUUUUAGGGUUUUGUUUUGCGUAUUUAUAGUUUAUUCUGCACUCAAUUCAUACUGUCAUAUAUCUGCACUCUAUAUAGUCCAACGUAAUGUGGUGCUGUUGUGUGUUUCACUUUGGGGCUUCAAGAACGACAUUUCAUUCCUAUCUACAUGGUAUGUUGAUAACUGACAAGGACCUCUUGAUUUAAUAAAAGAACUAGAAAAAUUA